AGCUAAAAACCUUCGUUUGGCCGGCAAAAAUCCAUCGCCGGGGGGACUCCGCGCCCCUUCCCGAGACCGAGACCCUUAGGGGGGUGUCCAGGAGCGAUGCUCGGGGGUGGCCCCGGGGGGCACGGGGGUGGUCCAGGAGGGUGCCCCAUCCCUCCUCCCCCGCGGGGCCGCCCCCGGCGGAGGCGGGCGGGCAGGCGGGCGGUCCCCCCGUCCCUCCGCGCCCCUCCGCGGCACCGGGCUCCCCCAAGAUGGCCGCCGAGGUGGGAUCGAUGUGUCGAUACCGGACACGGUUUGAUGCCCGCCGGCUCCAGGUAUCAGAAAUUGAUCCCCGCCGCCGCCGCCGCUCUUUGUUCGGCGCCGCCCGCCCGGGAGCCUGGAGCAGAGCAUGGAGCAGCGCUAGCGGCGAUGGAGCCGCGAUGGAGCCCCGGCCCCCGCCCCGCCGCCCCCGAGGUGACAGCAGGGCCGGGGGGCGGCCGCCGCUCCGCCCCGGCGGGAGGGAGGGAGGGAGGAAGAGGAGGGAGGGAAGUUGCGCGGGAUGAAGUUGCGGGGAGCGCGGCCCCCCACGCCGCCCCGCCAAGUUUCUGGCGGUCCCCGCCCGCCGAGCGGAGCCGCAGGUGCCCGCGGGCUGCCAAGUGUCCCCGGCGCCGCCCGCAGCGGGGGCGGCUCGGUCCCCGCGUCCCCCGGCGCGCUCGGGGCGGGCAGAGCCGCGCGGGUGCGGUGAUGGAUGCGGGGAUGGCGGAGCGGGGCUGCCCGGAGCCCCGCCGCCCUCCCAUUGUUAUCCGGGGCCGGUGUGCGGGGCCGGUGCGGGGGCUCGGCCAGCCCUGAGCGCCGGGAAGGCGGUCGGUACCAGGCGGUGCUGCUCGGACCGGGGAUGGAUGCGACGGGGGGGCGGCAGCUCCUUUGUGGCUCCGGGCAGGUCACGGCCGCCGUAUCCCACCGUGGUACCCUCGGUCUGUGAAAUUCCCGGUAAGUCCUUUGUUACCGUGCGCGGGGGAACGUUGCCAGGGGCUGCUGACAGUUUGUGACCUUAAAUACGCACCUCAAAUAGGAGGUGGGUAAUUAACACAAUGGCUCUCCCGGCAUAAUGGGAUGAAGCCCAACCUGGAGCCGCUACAACAACCGAAACGCGCAUUUCCAUGGAUAUUAAAUGGGUUUAUCCCCGUAGGAUAUUCCGGAGUUUAAAAUGCAGCGUGCUUCGGAGGCGAGUAAACAAAUUGAAAUGCGAUUUAUGGGGCUCCGGUACUGGAUCAACAGUUCCAGCAUUUAAUGCAUUUUGGCUUUUAAGCAGAUUACGUGCUGCAUCUGCGCUACGCGACCCGAAAAGUACCGCAGGUACCGCGGCCGGUGGGUUUGCCAUGACUGCUCAGUUCUGGCAUUGUGGCCGGGAAGGGAUUACGGCUCUAAGCGCUUCGGAUACAAAAGCGUUCCCCGCUAAAUCGCGCUAAUGACUUUUCCUGGGUGCGCGCAGAACCUUUAUUUAAAGGUGAUUGCACUUAGUAAGAGAAGCAAGGAGGCUGAGACGGCUUUCCUGAGCGUUUACAAGCAGUUGCUCGAAGCUCCAGACCCCGCUCCUGUGCUGGAGGCUGCCCGGAGCCUGGAGGAUCGGCUGCAGCAGCUCCAGCGCCUCGAGCCCGAGCCGCCGCCGCUGAAGGAUCUCAGCCGGCCCUGGAAGAAGCCCCCGGAGCUCGGCGGCACCAAAGAGCGCAGGGAGGGGAAGCCGCCGGCAGCCGAGCCCCCGCUCCCCGGCCUCGACGGCAAAGCGGCCAGCGCAGAGACCCCGCUGCAGAGAAAUGAGGCAGACAAGCAAAAGGGCCUGCAGGAAGCUCAGGUCACCUUGGCCGCUCGGCUGGGGGAGGCAGAGGAGAAGAUCAAAGUGCUCCACGCAGCGCUGAAGGCCACCCAGACAGAGCUGCUGGAGCUGCGCUGUAAAUACGACGAGGAAGCGGCGUCCAAGGCAGAUGAAGUGGCCAUGAUCAUGACCAACCUUGAAAAAGCCAACCAGCGGGCGGAGGCGGCGCAGAGGGAAGUGGAGAGUUUGAGGGAGCAGCUGGCGGCCGUCAACAGCUCCCUGCGCCUGGCCUGCUGCUCCCCGACGGGCACCACGGGGCAGGACAAAGUGAACUAUUCCAUGUGCUCAGGGUCGAGGUUGGAGGCAGCUCUGGCUGCCAAGGACCGGGAGAUCCUGCGGCUCCUGAAGGACGUCCAGCACCUCCAGAGCUCACUGCAGGAGCUGGAGGAGUCCUCUGCCACCCAGAUCGCCGAGCUGGAGGGGCAGCUGGCCGCCAAGAACGAGGCCAUCGAGAAGCUGGAGGAGAAGCUGCAGGCACAGGCGGACUACGAGGAGAUCAAAACAGAGCUGAGCAUCCUGAAGGCGAUGAAGGUGGCCUCUGCUGGCUGCAGCCUGCCCCAGGCAAGUGCCGCGGCGCGUCCCGAGGCGCUGGCCGGGCUGUGCCAGCCCUGCCGACGGUGCCUCCGCCGCCUGUCCCCAUCUCGGCUUGGCUCCUUGCAGAGCAUCUCGAAGGCGGAGGAGGCCCUGCUGCUGGGGAAGGAGGCUUUCUACCCCUCCCAGAAGUACCUGCUGGAGAAGCCCAGCCUGCUGGCCAGCACUGAGGAGGAUCACUCCGAAGACGAGUCGGGGAAGGAUCCACUGGGCAUGGAGCAGCCCUACCCAUCCCCUCACCACACCCCGGCCGAUGACCCCGCGUCCCCCACUCCCCUCCCGCCGCUGCCUGGCCCUGGCGUGGCCCCCGACGGUCCCCGGACUUUCUCGCUGUCCCCCUUCCCGGGGGCCGAGCGGCUUUCAGGGGACCCCAAGGCCCCCCAACUCCCGCCGCCCAGCUACAAGAGCGAGAGCAGCAGCGGGGCACCGCCCUUCCCCUCCUCCUUCUUCGGGGCCAAAAGCAGCACCGUGCACCCUGUCCCCGUGCCGGCCACCAGCGCCACCAGCCCUCCCGGCGAGCCCUCCGAGGGCAGCGCCGGCAGCUCCACCGAGGAGGAGCAGCUGGACACGGCCGAAAUCGCCUUCCAGGUGAAGGAGCAGCUGCUGAAGCACAACAUCGGGCAGAGGGUCUUCGGGCACUACGUGCUGGGGCUGUCACAGGGCUCCGUCAGCGAGAUCCUGGCGCGGCCCAAGCCCUGGCACAAGCUGACGGUGAAGGGCAAGGAGCCGUUCAUCAAGAUGAAGCAGUUCCUCUCCGACGAGCAGAACGUGCUGGCCCUGAGGACAAUCCAGGUGCGCCAGAGAGGUAGCAUCACGCCACGGAUCAGGACACCGGAGACCGGCUCCGACGACGCCAUCAAAAGCAUCCUGGAGCAGGCAAAAAAGGAGAUUGAGUCGCAGAAGGGAGGGGAGCCCAAAACGCCGUCAGCAUCGCAGGCAGCGGCCAACGGGGCGGGCAGCAGCAGCUCGGAGGACGCCAUCAAGAGCAUCCUGGAGCAGGCGCGGCGGGAGAUGCAGGCGCAGCAGCAGGCGCUGCUGGACAUGGAGUCGGGGGCCAGCGGGCGCGGGGGGGACGCGGCGCCCGCCGAGCGCUCCACGCUGGCCACCGUCAGCCAGAACAUCGCCCCCGCCUACGUCAAGCAGGAGGAGGGCAGCGGGGCCAGCCCUGGCCCGCCGCAGACGCCCCUGGCCGUGCUCUCCCCCGCCGCCUUCGUCCAGAGCAUCAUCCGGAAGGUGAAGUCGGAGAUCGGCGACGCCGGCUCCUACUUCGACCAGCACUGGGCGUCAGAGCGGAGCCUGCUCAGCCGGCCCUACACCUCCGUGUCACCCUCGCUGUCCUCCUCCUCCUCGAGCUACUCCAGCAUGGCCAACGGCCGGGGCUGGCCGCGGGGCGAGCCCGGCGAGGGCGGCACCAACGAGGACGAGCUGCAGCCGGCGGACGAGGAGCCCCAGCGGCUGUCGGAGAUGAAGGCGGAGGGAGCCGGCGCCGAGCCGGCAGCUGGUGGGCGUCUGUCCUACUACCCCACGUACGUGCCACGGACCCUGAAGCCGACGGUGCCACCGCUGACGCCGGAGCAGUAUGAGAUGUACAUGUACCGGGAGGUGGACACGCUGGAGCUGACCCGGCAGGUCAAGGAGAAGUUGGCCAAGAACGGCAUCUGCCAGAGGAUCUUCGGAGAGAAGGUGCUGGGACUGUCCCAGGGCAGUGUGAGUGACAUGCUGUCGCGGCCCAAACCGUGGAGCAAGCUGACACAGAAGGGUCGGGAGCCCUUCAUCCGCAUGCAGCUCUGGCUGACAGACCAGCUGGGCCAGGGGAUCAGCCAGCAGCCCACACCCUCUCAGGCCAGCCCGGCGGAGCCCCAGCCGUCCCCCUCGCCGCCCCCCAGCCCCACUGAGCACGAGAAAGGCUGCCAGGAGCCCCUCACCCUGGCCUUGGAGAGCAGCAAGGAAAACCAGCAGCCCGAGAGCCGCUCGACGCCUGCGCUGGGCGGGAAGACGUAUCCCAACAGCCAGGGGCCCGUGGGCAUCCAGGAGAUCGUCGCCAUGUCCCCCGAGCUGGACACCUACUCCAUCACCAAGAAGGUCAAGGAGGUCCUGACAGACAACAAUUUAGGCCAGCGGCUGUUUGGGGAGAGCAUCCUGGGCCUGACGCAGGGCUCGGUGUCCGAUCUCCUCUCCAGGCCCAAGCCGUGGCACAAGCUGAGCCUGAAGGGGAGGGAGCCCUUCGUCCGGAUGCAGCUCUGGCUCAACGACCCCCACAACGUGGAGAAGCUGCGCGACAUGAAGAAGCUGGAGAAGAAGGCCUACCUGAAGCGCCGGUACGGGCUGAUGAGCGCUGGCUCGGACAGCGAGUCCCCCAGCGCCCGCUCCGAGUGCGCCAGCCCCAGUGCGCCGCCGCAGGACCUCAGCCUGCUCCAGAUCAAGAAGCCGCGGGUGGUGUUGGCGCCGGAGGAGAAGGAAGCCCUAAAGAAAGCCUACCAGCUGGAGCCAUAUCCCUCCCAGCAGACCAUCGAGCUGCUCUCCUUCCAGCUCAACCUCAAGACCAACACCGUCAUCAACUGGUUCCACAACUACAGGUCACGGAUGCGCCGAGAGAUGCUGGUGGAGGGCGCGCAGGACAAUGACACGGACCCGGAGCAGAGUGGCGGGGCAGCCGUCCCCGGGCGCCGGGCCCCCCACAGCCCCGAUUCGGACACCGAGGAUCACAAACCCGUGUUCGUGGGGGGCGAGCCCCCCUGUGCCGCUGCGCCCGUGAAGGUGAAGGAGGAGCAGGGGGACGCGGGCGGCUGGAGCCGCCGGCGGGACUCACGCAGCCCGGCCGGAGCGGCCGAAGGGACCGGACCUCCCCAGGAGGAGCGGGGGGCAGCCCCCCACGCCGCCACCCCCAGCGCCGGCAGCCUCCCGCGGCGGGGAGGCCGCGCCGGUGCCAACGCCGGGGGACCUCCACCGCCGCCACCGCCACAUCCCGACAGCUCCCAGUCCUCCGCGGGCUCGUCCCGUUGCAGCUUGGUGGUGUCCCCAACAUCGCCCUCAGCAGCUUCCUCGCCCGGCCUCACCGGCUCAGCCUCACCAGGACCGUCCUCUGCCGGGCCGGUCUCGCCGGCGCUUCCACCGGCUCCUGGCCCCCGGCUCAGCACCAGCGUGCAGCGGCGCCACGAGAAGAUGGCCAACCUCAACAACAUCAUCCACCGCCUGGAGCGGGCUGCCAACCGCGAGGAGGCCCUCGAGUGGGAGUUCUGAGCCCCCCGACACCCUAAAUAUAUAUAAACACCCCCACACAUAUAUAUAUUUUGAUAAAUGCAGUGUGCACCGAGAGGUGACGAGUGGCCGGCGCCACGGAAGAGGAGCGCCCAUGAAAAAGAGGGGACCCCUCUCUAUGAAUCCGCCCCACCCCUCUGGCUUUGUUUUAAAUGUGAAAAACUGGGAACAAUUUUAGAAAAGAAAAACAAAAAAAAAUCAAAAAAUAUUUAUAGACCUCUUUUAGAUAUUUUAAUAAAAGGAUACUUUGGAAUUUAUUAACAGCUUAAGCUGCUUUGAUAUUAAAGAUAGCUAUAAAAUCAAGAUGAUGUAGCAGUCGUGUCAUUAAAUGUACACUGAAGUCUUGUAGUUUGCCACUGGAUGAGAUUAAAAACAAAUAAACAAAAACAAAAACAAAAACAAAAACAAAAAAAAAAAGAAAACCAACCCACAGAAAAGACUUUU